AUGGCUAGACGUAUGCUCGCUGUAGGUACCAGCGACUACCUACGCCGCAAGCAUGGUGAUUCCUACUACGUUCAUCUCGUCCAUAAAGACGCGCCGCACACGACGGAUGCCAAGCUCGUCGAGAUCAAAGACUGGAUCAGCAGCAACUUCCCUACAGCAAGCAUCGAGGAUCGCUCAUUCCAUGGUCAAAUUCGCUUCGAGGUGCCGAAUCGACCGGCUUCCAACAUGGACGACUCGAGUGGCGCCGUUGACGACAAGAAAGGGGCUAGAACGACAAUUGCACCGACUGACGGACGCAAUGGUACAAGUAUCAGUGCGCUCUUUGAGAAGCUGGAGGCAAGCAAAGAGGAGCUUGGCAUGGAGUUCUAUGCUGUUUCGCAAGCCACUCUCGACCAGGUCUUCUUGAAUAUCGUUGGAAAGCACAAUGUUCAGGAAGAGGAUUAUCAGAAGGCCAGGAUGGCAACAGGUGUUUGGGGAAAGACCAAAGCCUGGCUACGAAAGACGGCACAUGAUGCUUAG